CGCCGAGCAGACAAAAAUGACGAUGGGAAGUUGUCCUUGGAGGAAUUCCAGCUCUUCUUUGCAGAUGGCGUCCUCACCGAGAAAGAACUCGAGGAUCUCUUCCACACGAUCGACUCUGACAACACCAACCACGUGGACACUAAGGAGCUGUGUGAUUACUUUGUGGACCACAUGGGGGACUAUGAGGACGUCUUGGCCUCCCUAGAGACCCUCAACCACUCCGUCCUCAAGGCCAUGGGCUACACCAAGAAGGUGUAUGAGGGCGGGAGCAGCGUGGACCAGUUUGUGACCCGCUUCCUCCUGAAGGAGACAGCCAAUCAGAUCCAGUCGCUGCUGAGCUCAGUGGAGAGUGCAGUGGAGGCCAUCGAGGAGCAGACCAGCCAGAUCCGGCACAACCACAGCCGAGCCAGCCAUGGUGUCACGGAGACUUGGUACGGAAACGCCACUCCCCCCUACACCCCCAACCACAAGAUCAUGGCCACGGAGCAAGCAAAGACCCUUCCAAGGGUGACCUUGGACCCCAAGGAGGAGGGGCUGGAGGCCCAGGUGAGCAGGCUGGCAGAACUCAUCGGGAGGCUGGAGAACAAGACCCUCUGGUUUGACCUGCACCAGCGACUCUCAGAUGAAGAGGGCAGCAACAUGCACCUGCAGCUGGUCCGCCAGGAGCUGGCCGUGUGUCCUGAGCAGCUGACUGACUUCCUGGAGUCCCUGCGCCAGUAUCUUCGGUCCACCGCAGGGGAGAGGGACUGCUUCCAUGUCACCGCCGUGAGGCUCGCGGACGGCUUCACAUUUGUCAUCUAUGAGUUCUGGGAGACAGAGGAGGUGUGGAAGAGGCACCUGCAGAGCCCUGCGUGCAAAGCCUUCCGACACACCAAGGUGGACACGCUGAGCCAGCCUGAGGCCCUGUCCAGGAUCUCUGUGCCAGCUGCUUGGUGCACAGUCGCCCGAGACUAA